AUGUACGACAUUAUGUGGAGUGUUGUGAGAUUUGCCAACAAUCUAGAGGCGACAGGCAGAAAGUUCCUAUGGCUGACACACCCUUGGCUUAGUUUUCCAUUGGAACGAGUCUCGAUGGACAUUAUGGACUUUGGGCCAAGCAUUCCAGGUUAUCCAGACGACAAUGGAGUCCAGUUUAUAAGCAACCUGUUCCAGGAGCUCGCUAAACUAAUGCACGCCACGAACCACUACACCAUUCGCUACCAUCCUCAAGCAAAUGGAAUGAUUGAGCGCACAAAUCGUGUGGUGAAGUCUGCCCUUACCACAUUAGUAAAUGAUCGCCCACGAACUUGGCUCCAAUUUGUUCCUGAGUUGCGGCUGCAGAUCAAUUCAGCUAUCCAUCGGACGACUGGAGAGCAACCCCUGUAUAUGUUAACAGGCCGCCAUGCUAACUUCCAGAUUGGUCUCACCAAUGAAGCCGUGUUUGAUGAGAACAUAAAUCUGCAAGCACGUUUACGAGAGGCCCGCCAAGCAGCUGUGAAACCCUCAAGGGAAGCACGUCAGAUUUAUGGGAAAGCAGUACGACAAAGGCAAGAAGGUGGAAUUCCAGCCAACUGA